AGAAUUUUGAGAGCUGGUAAACUGACAGAGAAAGUUCUGAGACUGUUUAUAGCAACCGGUAAGGAUGAAGUCCUCUCACUUGUUCAGGCACUGAAUAUACAACAUAUUCUGACCCCUGUGCUUCCUACCAGGUGCUCUGAGAAAUUUUGAGAAAGGAUUAAACCAUUGUCUGCACUUCAAAUUCGAUUCAUCGGGUGUGGCAGCCAACAAUACUUGAGUUUGUGAAAGAAUUUGUAUUCUGCACCUCAGAAGAUGGCUCAAGUAACUAUCAACGAAAAUGAAGUGGAUAUUGUGAUUGGCGCAUUGCACUCUGAUCUUAAAUCUUUCUUGAAUGAGUGGAAGCCAAUAUUCUCCCGUUUCCACCUGAUAAUUGUAAAAGAUCCUGACCUCAAGGAGGAACUCCAAAUUCCUGGGGGCUUCAGUGCGGAUGUCUAUACAAAAUCUGAUAUUGAGCGUGUGGUGGGUUCUUCCGCUGUUCUCUUCUCCGGAUAUUCAUGUAGAUACUUUGGUUUUCUGGUUUCACGGAAGAAGUAUGUUGUCUGUGUUGAUGAUGAUUGUGUCCCAGCAAAAGACACUGCAGGAAAUAUGGUAGAUCCUGUGGCUCAGCAUAUUGUGAACCUCAAGACACCCGCAACUCCGUUUUUCUUUAAUACACUGUAUGAUCCAUUCCGUAAGGGUGCAGAUUUCGUUCGUGGGUACCCAUUUAGCCUACGAACUGGGGUUGAUUGUGCUUUGUCGUGUGGACUAUGGCUGAAUCUAGCAGACCUUGAUGCACCAACACAAGCUCUUAAGCCAAAAGAGAGGAACACGCGAUAUGUGGAUGCUGUUCUGACUGUCCCGGUGAGAUCCAUGUUGCCGGUGAGUGGUAUCAACAUUGCCUUCAACCGUGAAGCAAUUGGCCCAGCAUUAGUCCCGGCUUUGAAAUUGGCCGGUGAAGGAAAGUUUAGGUGGGAAACUGUGGAAGAUAUAUGGAGCGGAAUGUGUGUGAAAGUAAUAUGCGAUCACCUAGCCCUUGGUGUGAAAAGCGGAUUGCCCUAUGUCUGGAGAACAGAAAGAGGCAAUGCCAUAGAGAGCUUAAAGAAAGAGUGGGAAGGAGUGAAACUGAUGGAGGAAGUAGUUCCUUUCUUUCAGUCAGUAAGGUUCUCACAAUCAGCAACUACAGCCGAGGCUUGUGUGCUCGAGAUGGCCAAGACAGUGAAGGAGAAACUGGGGAAGGUUGAUCCUAUGUUCUCUCGUGCCGCCGAAGCCAUGGAAGAGUGGGUCAAGCUCUGGAAGUCAGUCGGAUCCAGCUGAAGGAUGGGGAACGUGUGAUUGGCAUGUUCUCUGGAUUUGUAGAAAGAGUGAAGGUUAUUGUUGCCUUGUUGGUUUUCUUAUUUCUUUAUUUUAUUUCACUAAUUUGUAUCUGUUUUAUUCUCACUAUGUAGUUACCUAAACUUGUUUACCUGCAGUUACUCUUAGAUUGAAAGGCUGAAUAAAAUGAUUGUACUUGUGGGCUCUGGCAAUUGAAUAAA